AUGCUACAGCUUUUCUUGGCAAUUGGGGCCAGUGUUGGAUCGAAGGACAGUUGUCGCAGAACCCUGUUGCACUGGGCAGCUUGGAGGAGCUACAACGUUGGCGCUCAGCUCCUGAUCGACCGCGGUGCGGACGUCCAAGAGACUGAUCGAGAUGGGGCGACGCCAUUGCAUUUAGCAAUUGCCGCGCUGCACCUCGCAACACAUCAUAACAUGACGGAAGUAGUCCAGCUUCUCCUGAGGUGUGGAGUUGAUGCGAAUCAGAUGAGAAAGAAAGUCUGGGUCAUGCCUGGUGCAACGGCACUGCAGGAGGCAGCGUGGAAUGGAUCGGAGGAUUUCGCCCGCCUGCUCAUCGAAGCAGGCGCGGACGUACACGCUGUUGACGAAGACGGCAUCACCGCGUUACACCAGGCAGUCUCGAAUGGGCGCAUCACUUGCCAUCGUCGACUUGCUGCUCGCCCACGGUGUUAG